AUGGCGAUCCUGCACUCGGACUCGGACGACGACGUCCCGCUCGCCGCGCGCGCGCCGAACGCGCCGCCGGCGACGGCGCCCGCGGCGCCCGCGCCCCCCGCGGCGCCCGCGCCGGUCGCGGCCGCGCCGCCUCCCGCGCCCGUCGCCCCCGCGCCCGCGAAGGCGGACGACAGCGACAGCGACGACGUCCCCCUCGCCGCGCGGUUCGCGCCUCCGCCCCCGAUCCGCAAGGCGGCUCUCAAGGCGAUGAUGCCGUCCACCGCGGAGAAGAAGCGCAAGGCGGAGAGCGACAGCGACGACGACGUCCCGAUCGGAUCGCUCGCGAAGAAGUCGAAGCCGUCGUCGGCGUCGAAGCCGAAGCCGAAGCCGAAGCCGUCCAAGCCGAAGCCGAAGCCGAGGUCGCCCGCGUCCAAGCCGCGCCCCGCGUCCGCGAAGGUGGCGCGAUCCGUGGCGGAGCCGUGGAAGGGAAAGAAAGGGACGAAGAAGCAGUGGAAGACUUUGGAGCACCACGGCGUCGUGUUCCCGCCGCCGUACGAGCCGAACAAGGUCCCGCUGACGUACGACGGCGUCGACAUCGUGUUGCUGCCGCACGAGGAGGAGGCUGCGAACUUCUUCGCGGUCAUGAAGGACACGGAUUACGCGCAGAAGGAUGUCUUCGUGAAGAACUUUUGGGAGGGAUUUAAAAAAGUCUUGCGCGGCGGCCCGCACGCGAUGACGAUCAAGGAGUUCAAGAAGUGCGACUUCACGAAGAUGUACAUGUGGCAUCUGAAAGAGAGGGAGAAGAAGAAGGCGAUCAGCAACGAGGACAAGAAGAAGGCGAAAGCCGCGAAGGAUGCGGAGGAGGAGAAGUACAACUGGGCCGUCAUCGACGGGCGGCGCGAACGCGUCGGCAACUUCCGCGUCGAGCCCCCCGGCUUGUUCCGCGGCCGCGGCGAGCACCCGAAGAUGGGACGCAUCAAGAAGCGGAUCAUGCCCGAGGACAUCACGAUCAACAUCGGUAAGGGCGUGCCGGCGCCGGACCCGGGACCCGGGCACAAGUGGAAGGACGUGAUACACAACGACACCGUCACGUGGCUCUGCGGCUGGAACGACACGAUCAACACCAAGGACUGGAAGUACGUCCAGUUCGGCGCGAUGUCCUCGAUCAAAGCCGAGAGCGACAUUCAAAAGUACGAGAAAGCGAGAAAGCUCAAGCUCGCGGUCGACGCGAUCAGGAGGGAUUACUUCAAGAAGAUGAAGACGGGAGAUAUGCUCGCGAAGCAGCUCGCGGUGACGACGUACCUCGUGGACAAACUCGCGUUGCGAGCGGGCGGGGAGAAGGACGAGGACCUCGCGGACACCGUGGGCGUGUGCACCCUGCGCGUCGGUCACGUGGAGUUCAUCACGCCGAGCACGCUGAAGCUCGACUUCCUCGGUAAGGACUCGAUCCGGUAUUUACAAGAGCACGAGGUGGACCCUCUCGUGUUCGAGGCGAUGCAAAAGUUUUGCAAGGGGAAAAAGCCGGAUAACGACAUCUUCGAUCAGAUCGACCCGUCAAAGGUAAACAAGCACCUCCAGACGCUGAUGCCCGGCCUGACGAUCAAGGUGUUCAGGACGUACAACGCGUCGUUCGUCCUGAACAAGCUCCUGAAGGACACGAACCCGAGAGACACGGUGCCGCUGAAGAAGGCGGCGUACGACGCGGCGAACAAGGAGGUGGCGGUGCUGUGCAACCACCAAAAGGGCGAGAGCAAGGCGCACGGCGCGCAGAUGGAGAAACUCGUGGACAAGAAGAAGGCGAUGGAGAAGGAGCUGAAGGCGCUGCGGCAGGACAAGGAGAAGAACAAGUCCAAGAUAAGCACGAUGAAGGAGCGGCUCGCGAAGCUUGAGCUUCAGAUGAAGAUGAAGGAGGACCUCAAGACGGUGUCGCUGGGGACGUCGAAGAUCAACUACCUGGAUCCGCGGAUCACGAUCGCGUGGUGCAAGCGCAACGAGGUCCCGCCGCCGACGGUGUUCACGCGCGCGCUCGUCGAGAAGUUCAACUGGUCCAUGGAGGUGGAGCCUGAUUUUGAUUUUUAAGCGCGGCCGGCGAGGGGAGCGGAGCGGAGCGGAGAGAGGAGGUAGCGGAGAGUGCACAUACACACCACGGCGACGGACGGAGACGGUUUCAACGAUUUCUGAUCUGAUGUCAC